CGGUGGCUCCAUGGCCCGGGCGCGCUGAGGGACGCGGCUCUCGCCUCAGCCCGGCGGCGGCGGCGGCGGCCGAACAAUGAAGCUCCUGAAGCCGACCUGGGUCAACCACAAUGGCAAGCCAAUUUUUUCAGUUGAUAUUCACCCUGACGGGACCAAGUUUGCAACUGGAGGACAAGGGCAGGAUUCUGGGAAGGUUGUGAUCUGGAAUAUGUCUCCAGUCCUCCAGGAGGAUGACGAGAAGGAUGAAAAUAUUCCCAAGAUGCUUUGCCAGAUGGACAAUCACUUAGCAUGUGUGAACUGUGUGCGGUGGUCAAACAGUGGGAUGUAUUUAGCUUCUGGGGGAGAUGACAAACUGAUUAUGGUGUGGAAGCGGGCUACGUACAUCGGCCCCAGUACUGUGUUCGGCUCCAGUGGUAAGCUUUCCAAUGUGGAGCAGUGGCGAUGUGUCUCCAUCCUCCGGAGUCACUCAGGCGAUGUGAUGGAUGUGGCGUGGUCUCCCCAUGAUGCUUGGCUGGCCUCUUGCAGCGUGGAUAACACUGUCGUCAUCUGGAAUGCUGUGAAGUUCCCAGAAAUUCUAGCUACACUGAGAGGUCAUUCUGGUUUGGUGAAAGGGUUGACUUGGGACCCUGUUGGUAAAUAUAUUGCCUCUCAAGCUGAUGACCGCAGCCUGAAAGUGUGGCGGACACUGGACUGGCAGUUAGAGACCAGCAUCACCAAGCCUUUUGACGAGUGUGGAGGGACGACCCAUGUGUUGCGACUCAGCUGGUCACCUGAUGGGCAUUACCUGGUAUCUGCUCACGCCAUGAACAACUCCGGCCCCACUGCCCAGAUCAUUGAACGGGAGGGCUGGAAAACCAAUAUGGAUUUCGUGGGGCACCGGAAAGCAGUGACUGUUGUGAAAUUCAACCCCAAAAUCUUCAAAAAGAAGCAGAAGAAUGGAAGUUCUGCGAAGCCCAGCUGCCCAUACUGUUGCUGUGCCGUGGGCAGCAAGGACCGCUCGCUCUCUGUCUGGCUCACAUGUCUGAAACGGCCUCUGGUUGUCAUCCAUGAGCUGUUUGACAAAUCCAUCAUGGAUAUUUCCUGGACUCUGAAUGGACUGGGCAUUCUGGUGUGUUCCAUGGAUGGCUCUGUGGCAUUCCUAGACUUCUCCCAGGAUGAGCUUGGAGACCCCCUGAGUGAGGAGGAGAAGAGCCGCAUUCAUCAGUCCACCUACGGAAAGAGCUUGGCCAUCAUGACUGAGGCCCAGCUCUCCACAGCCGUCAUUGAAAACCCUGAAAUGCUCAAGUAUCAGCGGAGGCAGCAGCAGCAGCUGGAUCAAAAGAGUGCGGCAGCCAGAGAGACAGGCUCAGCCACCUCAGUUGCAGUCAACGGGGAGAGUUUGGAGGACAUCAGGAAGAAUCUUUUAAAGAAGCAAGUUGAGACUCGGACGGCAGAUGGUCGGAGAAGAAUCACGCCUCUCUGCAUAGCACAGCUGGACACCGGGGACUUCUCCACGGCAUUCUUUAACAGCAUCCCACUCUCCGGAUCUCUGGCGGGCACCAUGCUCUCCUCUCAUAGCAGUCCGCAGCUACUGCCACUGGAUUCCAGUACCCCCAACUCCUUUGGAGCCUCGAAGCCUUCCACAGAGCAUAUGGCAGCAGCUGGCGCCAAGCCUACAGGCGAAUCUGUCGGUAAAGACAGUGUGACUGCUACCUCUGCUCCCGCUGCGUCGUCCCCCUCUGUGCUAACUACCCCGUCCAAGAUUGAACCCAUGAAAGCAUUUGACUCGCGAUUCACGGAGCGAUCCAAAGCCACGUCAGGCACUCCUGCCUUGAGCAGCAUGACACCAACAGCCGUCGAAAGGUUGAAAGAGCAAAACCUGGUGAAAGAAAUCAGGCCCCGGGACCUCCUGGAGAGCAGCAGUGACAGCGAUGAAAAGGUCCCUGUGACCAAGCCUUCUUCACUGUCCAAGCGAAAGCUUGAGCUUGAGGCAGAGACAGUAGAGAAAAAGAAGAAAGGGCGGCCUCGAAAGGACUCCCGUCUCAUGCCUGUGUCUCUGUCUGUCCAGUCUCCAGCUUCCCUGACUGCAGAGAAGGACACCUUGUGUUUGUCUGCACCAGCACUUGCACUGAAGCUGCCGAUUCCAGGCCCGCAGAGAGCAUUCACCCUCCAGGUGAGCUCUGACCCCUCCAUGUAUAUUGAGGUGGAGAAUGAAGUGACAGCUGUCGGGGGUGUGAAGCUGAGCCGUUUGAAAUGUAACCGGGAAGGGAAGGAGUGGGAGACGGUGCUCACCAGCCGGAUCCUCACUGCUGCCGGAAGCUGUGACAUAGUGUGUGUUGCCUGUGAAAAGAGGAUGCUGUCAGUGUUCUCUACCUGUGGCCGCCGGCUCCUUCCUCCUAUCCUCCUGCCGUCCCCAAUCUCUACUUUGCACUGCACGGGCCCCUACGUCAUGGCGCUCACGGCUGCAGCCACACUGUCUGUCUGGGAUGUUCACAAACAGGUGGUGGUGGUGAAAGAAGAGUCUUUACACUCCAUCUUGGCAGGAAGUGAUAUGACGGUGUCACAAAUCUUGCUGACACAGCAUGGAAUCCCAGUGAUGAACCUGUCUGAUGGGAAAGCAUAUUGCUUUAAUCCGUCUCUUUCUACAUGGAACCUGGUUUCUGACAAGCAGGACUCAUUGGCCCAGUGUGCGGACUUCAGGAACAGCUUGCCGUCCCAAGAUGCCAUGCUGUGCUCAGGACCGUUAGCCAUCAUCCAGGGCCGCACCUCCAAUUCAGGAAGGCAGGCUGCCCGGCUUUUCUCCAUGCCUCACGUGGUACAGCAGGAGACUACCUUGGCCUACCUGGAGAACCAGGUUGCAGCAGCACUCAGUCUGCAGUCCAGCCAUGAGUACCGCCAUUGGCUCCUCAUCUAUGCACGGUACCUCGUGAAUGAAGGGUCUGCGGAAGAGGGAGCUGCUGAAGGAGCUGCUGCCAGUCAUUGGACAGAACCUCCGCUUCCAGCGACUUUUCACCGAGUGUCAGGAACAGCUCGACAUCCUGAGGGACAAGUAGUGUGCCCCAGCCUGCCCCAGUUGCAGCAAAGGCAGGGCCACACUCUGGUCACUGACCAUACCCAGGGCCAUCUCUCACCUGGCCAGGCUACAGUAGAAGGAGGAGACACUGGCAGGAAGUGUGGUGUCCUGCACCUGCGCUGGCCCAGCAUCCUGGGUGCACUUCCCGUGUGUCCUGGGCCAGAUGUUCCCUCACGAGGGGGCAGCUCUACCCGCAACUCGGCCCCGCCUCCAGGACCCCCGUGCAGAGCUGGGGCUAGGACUCUGCCCUGCUGCUUUGGGGUCAGCGUGGCGCUGCCAAGCCUGCCGCCUCCUGUACGGUCCCGAGGUGGACACUAGCCCCUGCCACUGCAGGCGCCGUGCUGCUUCAGCUAUGACGAAUGAGCCAUUUGUGAGAGAGAAUCCUGAAACAUUAAUGUAUUAUGCAGUCAGUAGACUGACCUGAGACCUAUGUAAAAGGAAAGGCUAUUCCAACACACGGACUAUUUUUAUACUAGAAUUUGCUAACUUGUAAUAUGUAAUUUUCCUUUUGGCCAAUAAUCAGGAUUUCCCUAUAAGUCACUUGGACAUUGGUCUCUUGUAGGAAAUUUAAACUCUAAUUAUGACAGCUACAUUGAAGAAUAAUUGUACUGAAAUUAACUUGUCUAUCUUCAUUUGGUUUUAAUUUUUAAUGUUUGUAAAAAGAGACUGUUUUUGGGGGAUGGGACAGAGGGGUGGGCGAUUUCUUUUUUAAGUGUAAAAUAAAUGAAGAUGCAUUGGAUACCAAA